UCCUCACCAAGGCCCAAGACAGUUACACGCCUUAUCAUCUUCCUAUAAAUUCUUCUCAAUUCUCCCCAAAAAUAACCUAACCCUAGAUUUUCCCAACCUUCGCAGCUCCGAACAAUUCCCAGCUUCUCCGAUCACCGGCACCUCAGAAAUCAGCCAUGGGAAAGGUUCACGGAUCACUUGCUCGUGCUGGUAAGGUGAGGGGACAGACCCCGAAGGUUGCAAAGCAGGAUAAGAAGAAGAAGCCAAGAGGACGUGCUCACAAGCGUAUGCAAUACACUCGCAGAUUCGUCACUGCUGUUGUUGGCUUUGGAAAGAAGAGAGGACCUAACUCUUCUGAGAAGUAGACGAUGGCAAUCAGUUAUUUUAGGUUGAGAAGUUACCGCGUCAAAAGUUUUCUCGUUAUGUUUAUAAAUUUUGAUUCUCAGACCUCAUAAUGAGAGAAGACUAGUGUAAUACUGGUUAUUUGUAGGAUGGAUUAUUUGAUUACGUUCUGUUUUGCAAGAAUUAUUCGAAUUUAA